GCGCUGAAGGCGGCCAACAUACCCAAGAAUCUGAAGGGCAAGGGCGACAUCCCCAUGAACCCCCGCCACAUGCAGCAGACCAUGCAGCGCAUGGCCGGCGCGCUGCCGCCUCAGCUGCUCAAGCAGAUGGGUGGCGCCUCGGGGCUGGCGCAGCUCAUGAAGAGCAUGGAGCAGAUGCAGGGCGGCGGGCCGCCGGGCGGCGGCGGGGGCGGCGGCGGCAAGGGGCGCAAGUGA